GAGGUUCAAUGCUUAUAUAUAUACACCCAAAUAAUCUAGCUAACAGUUCAAGCAGCAAACUAUGGAAUUCAAAGAUGGAGAGAAUGCUGCUAAAUUGCUUCGGGCUCAAAGCCACAUAUGGAAUCACAUUUUGAGCUACAUAAACUCCAUGUCCCUUAAAUGUGUAGUUGAUCUAGGCAUUCCAGAUAUCAUUCACAACUAUGGCAAACCCAUGCCACUCUCAAAGCUCAUUGCUUCACUACCAAUCCACUCAUCCAAAGCCGGCAACAUCCCUCGCUUGAUGCGAGUCAUGAUCCAUUCUGGCUUCUUCUCUCAACACAAUAUCACAGAGAAUGAGCUAGAAGUGGAGUAUACACUAACUGAUGAUUCUAUUCUGCUCCUUAAGGGUCACCCCUUCAGUAUUCUGCCUUUUUUGCUUUGCUCCAAUGAUCCAAUUUUGAAAAAGCCGUGGCAUCAUUUGUCAACUUGGUUCAAAAAUGAUGAUCUUACACCCUUUGAAACAGCACACGGGAUGUUGCCAUGGGAUUAUGCUAACCGUGACCCCAAAGUUAAUAACUUAUUAAAUGAAUCCAUGGCAUGUGAUGCUCAAUUGAUUGCCGGUGUGUUUAUAGAGAAGUGCAAGGAUAUGUUGAAUGGAUUGGAGUCAUUGGUUGAUGUUGGGGGAGGCACAGGGACCAUGGCAAGGGCAAUUGCUAAAUCAUUCCCACGUUUGAAGUGCACUGUGUUUGAUCUCCCACAUGUUGUUGCUGAUUUGCAAGGAAGUGAGAACCUUGAAUAUAUUGGAGGGGACAUGUUUAAGGAAAUUCCUCCGGCGGAUGCCAUUUUGCUGAAGUGGAUAUUGCAUGACUGGAGUGAUGAGGAAUGUCUAAAAAUACUAAAGAAUUGCAAGGAAGCAAUAAAGAGCAAAGGCAAAGAAGGGAAAGUGAUUAUCAUAGACAUGGUUAUUGAGGAAGAUAAGGGAGAUGAUAAAUCAGUUGAAACACAAUUACUCUUUGAUAUGGGGAUGAUGGUGUUGACCACUGGAAAAGAGAGAAGCAUGAAAGAAUGGGGUAUUUUGAUUUCCUCUGCUGGAUUCAGUGACUACAAGAUAUCUCCUGUUCUGGGAUUAAGGUCUGUUGUUGAGAUCUAUCCAUAGUAAAAUCUAAGCAAAUAAAAGUUUAUUAUGAUUGUGUAUGUAUGGAUAUUUUUAUAUGAUAUAUAGAUGCACACUAAGAGUGUCUUUGUCAAUUAAAAUGGACCAAGCAAAUAAAAAUGUAAACAACCUAAAUACAAUAGAAGUAUCUUUAGUAAAGUAAUAGUUCAACAAUGAAGCAAUCUAAUCCUGCAUUGCUCGUGCUGAAUCUUUAGUGUCAAAUACAUACACAAACAUAUAAAGUUACUGACCAAAAUGAUACAGAUCAAGGCUUAAUGGUUUGAGAAGUAAGGGUGAAAAAAUAAAGAGGAUUUUGUUUCUAUAUAGAACAUAAGGUACUGUGGGAGGAAUUAGAGUGCUCUAGACCUAUUCUUUAAUGUAAGUGUUCAGUACCUUGUGGAUGUGAAACUAUUAAAAUUUGUUAAAUGCUUAGAGGUCAUGAUUUGUAAUAAAAUUUGAGUAGAUUGAAUGAAAAUUACAACACAAUGAAGUCACAGAUCAUGGUAAUGGAUCCAUUACCAAAUAUCAACAAAGCUUUCUCUCUAGCACUUCAAUAUGAAAGGCCAAUGUUAGCAGAAGAAUUCCUCUGAGGAUUCUUUCAUACCAGAACAGUACAAAAGCAUCAUGAAUCUUUUUCAAAAGAUUACACAACAAAAAAUCUCAUCAAGCACAUCAACAACAAUAAAUCAUGUGAUCUUUGCCUCUUAACAGAUUGGAGGAGCACAACAAGGUACUCAGUGUAUUUGUCUUCUUUUUAAUUUAAUUGUGCAAAAUCAUGGAUUCUGGAUUUAAGAGCGACAGAUCAUAUCUGUUACUCAUCACUGAAUCAUUUCAGUCAAAUUAAGAAAAUAGAUCCAUUAAAAGUAAAGUUUCCAAAUGGAAGUAUUGUGAUAUCAGAUUACUUAGGAACAAUACAAUUAAUUUAUUUUAUUCAGCUAAUUGAUGUUUUUAAUCUGCCACAAAUCAAGUUCAAUCUACUUUCCAUUUCUAAAUUGACUUGUACACUUAAUUAUGAUCUAGUUCUUUCACAUGAUGGUGGUUAUUUUAAGGAGGUAUGCUCCAAGAAGAUGAUUGGUUUAGGUAGACUUGUUCAUGGUCCAUACCUUUUAGAGAAAACAUAAAGAGUUACUUACACUAGGGAAUAAAUCUGAAACUGAUGCUGAAGCACUUGUAGCAACUGUUAUACCCGCUGGAGCCUUAUAGCAUUAUAGGCUUUGUCACAUAGGUCAAGAUAUAAUUGAUCUUUUGAGGAAGCAAUUUUAUUUUAUCAAAGGUAGCAAAGUUGAUUUGUGAUAUCUGCCAUUUAGCUAAGCAAAAGAAACCUAUGUUUCAAAUUAGCAAGAAUAAAGCAAAGUGUAUUUUUAAAGUGAUACAUGUUAAUAUUUGGGGACCCUACUCCAUCUCUUCUAUACAUAAUCAUGAAUACUUUCUUAACUGUUGUUUAUGAUUGUAGUAGGCUUACCUAGAUUGUUUUACUCAAAGAAAAAGGGAAGCACAAUUCAAUAACAAAACUUAGUUCAGUUAGUUGAAAGUCAACUUGAUACAAAGGUUAAAGUCAUCAGGUAAGAAAAUGGCAGUGUUUCUGAUGCCUGAUUUCUACUCCUCAAAAGGAAUCAUUAAUCAGCUAAUGAGUUGCACUCAUACUCCCUAAAAGAAUGGAAGAGUGGAGCUUAAGACCAACAUUUGCUUAAUGUUUCAUGUGCUUUGUUGUUUUAAGCUAAUUUCCCUAAGAAUUAUUGGUCAUAUGCUGUUCAGCAUGUAACCUUUCUGAUAAACAGAAUUCCUCUAAAAGUUCUUCAUGACAUGUCACCAUAUGAGUGUCUAAUUGGAACUGCAACAAAUUUGACAGAAUUUAGAGUUUUUGGUUGCUUGUGUUAUCCUUCCACAAAGCAUUGUGCAGACUGCAGAGUACUAAAUUGGAUCCACGAGCUCGAAAAUAUGCUUUGAUUAGCUAUAUCCAAGGCACAAAAGUAUUUGUAGUUCUUGAUGUUUACACAUGAAAUUCUUGUAUCUCAUGAUGUGGUUAGUCAUGAGUUGAUUUUCCCUUAUAGAUGAAAAAUAAUUAAAUCA